AUGAGCACCAUCAUUACGGGUGCCUGCAAUUCGGUCUUCACUAAGCUUCAGGACUUACAAUGUGUGAGACAUUGCAACAAGCCAGGCGAAGAACAAUACUUUGAAGAACCGGUAUUACAGACUAUUCAGAUGUUUAUUGGUGAAAUGCUUUGCUGGGUACCUAUAAUUGCCUCUAAAAUGACUUCAAGAGCAAAAAAAAUUGUUCCUACCAAUGAACUGCGCCCAUUGAUUGGCGAGCAUGGAGUGAGUGGAGCUCAAAAGAUCAAAAUAAGAGGCUUCAGAACGUCGUUUUGGCUCGCAAUUCCUUCUACUUGCGACCUCUUAGGAACAACCCUCAUGAAUGCAGGUUUGCUCUAUACUCCCUUGUCUAUUUAUCAGAUGACUCGAGGCUCACUUAUUCUAUUUGUGGGAUUCUUUUCUGUGUUUCUCUUGAAACGAACCAUCAACCGUAUAGAAUGGUCUAGUUUGUUUCUUGUCUUUUUUGGUGUAUUCCUUGUUGGAUUGAGUGGCUGGCUUGAUAAUUCAACCAAAAUUACUACUUCUACCACCAAAGACACUGGUAAUAUUCUUCUGGGCAUGGUCUUGAUUAUCAGCGGUAUCGUCUUCUCUGCCCUACAAUUCGUGGCAGAGGAACAUAUUCUUUCUAAGAUUCAAGUUGCUCCAUUAGAAUUGGUCGGAUGGGAAGGACUCUACGGUUGGUUAGUCAGCUUUUCGGUGGCUUUCAUAGGUUUUUUACUAGUUGGAACUACAUCUCAGGGCGAUAGAGGCCAAUGGGAUAUUGUUUAUGCAUUUAAGGUGGUGGUCACUAACAACGUCAUUCUAUUAAGUUCGAUACUUAUUAUGAUUUCCAUAUCUUCAUUUAACUUCUUUGGUAUCUCACUUACCGAGAAAAUGAAUGCUACUGCUCGUUCCACCAUUGAUACUUCUCGAACCUUGUUGGUCUGGCUAGUAUCACUCUGUAUUGGCUGGGAAUCCUUUAAAUGGCUCCAACUAUUUGCUUUUGGCCUAAUGGUUUUCGGUACUCUUGUUUUCAAUGGUGCAUUAAUUGUGGAUGACUGGAAAUACUUACCAUCUUGUCUUACGACAGAUAAGCCCACCAAAGACUUAAUCAUUCAAGAUGAUGUCGAAGCCAAUAUCAAUAGAUAUUGA